ACCCCUCUCUAUAGCAGGCAUCGGGAUUAAGGUAUGUCCCCCCCCCCUUCUUAAUUAUCAUGAAUUUCUAUUUACGUACAGGCAUAUUGGCCAAAACAUCUCCUCUUCAGCCUGUAUGUAAGAAGAUCACUCAGAAGUCAGUCAUGAAUGGGCACCGUUUAUCAUGGUAAUUUGUUAGAUUUCAUGCUCUCUAUUCACCAUAAGACCCCCAGGGCAGGGUAUGUAAGGAAGAGGUACAAAAAUCAGUUAAAACAAUUUACAAUCAGAAGAUCAGGAUGGGUCCUAAACUUAUAUACCUUAGGCAAAGAGGUGUAUUUCCAGACCCUCCAAGUGCCCCUAUUUUCCAGGGACAGUUCCAGAUUUACAGAAGCCAUCCCAGUUUCUGCUUUGAUCCCAGAAUGUCCCGUUUUCCCUUAGGGUGUCCCUGUUUUCUUCAGAGAAAUGUUGGAGGGUAUGGUAGGAUGUCCAGUUUUUCGCUGGAGAAAUGUUGAAGGGUAUGCAAUACCUAGAAUUAUUUGAGAGAAAGAAUGUAAUUCAAAUGUGCCCUAAAGGAAUAGUGUGCGUGCAGCCAUGGUGGUUUUUACAUCCCACAAUGGACCUUUCUUCCUCUGGCAGUUUGAAAGUAAUGUCACAGCAGUUCAGCCUAGGAUGGAGGGAGAGAAGACAAAUUUAUCCAUUUCAAUUUCUCAUUUUCCCAAUCUUAAAUUCAAUUCUCUAUAUUUCUGCAUCAGCUUUUUGAAGUUCUCACAAACAUUCCUAAGCAUUUUAGUACAAAUUUCUCCUGAUAUGCACAUUUUUGUAUGCCAUUUCUCCUAACACAAUUUUUUCAAAGCAAUUUCCCCUCAUUUUUAUGUUGUUGUCAUUAAUAUAUGCAUUCUUAUGCACACUUCACCCCAGUGCAGUCUUUUUGUCCACAUUACCGGAGUCAACCGCAUCUCAGAAUCUGGAGAUAUACGUAGUUCAAAUUAGGUCAGUACAUCUUAAUGGAACUGAAUCAAAUUUCCUCCCCAUCCCUAGAGGAGAGCAAUUGCUCACAGAUUGGGGACCACCGGCAUGUAGCCUUUGUACAUUUAAGAUACUGUGUUUAAUUGCAAUCCGAUAGGUGCGUUGCUCGAAGACUAUGGGAUGUGGUAGUUCUGCACACAGCACCUUUGUGUGCAAGGCAAACGGAGGCAAUGAAUCGCCAGAUGCAUCACAUCUCUCCUUCAGAGGAAUUAUCCUGAUCCAAGCGUGGUAUCGACGCUAUGUGGCCCGGCUUGAAAUGCGCCGAAGAUGCACAUGGCGCAUAUUUCAGUCCAUAGAGUAUGCGGGAGAGCUGGAUCAUCUCAAGCUCAACCACUUCUUUGACUAUCUUAUGACCUACUUCACGCCAAACAACAACAAAGAUAGAGAUUUCCUUAACCGCAUAUUGUCAGAACCUGAAAUCACUUUUGACCCCAAGCUCGAAAAAUCCGUUGAAACUUUUGAAACCAUUGUGGUGCCGGACACCUAUGUGGGGCCUCACCUUUCCUUCCCGCUCGUACCUGAGGAUGCCACUAACUUGCUGGAAGCAUACCAACACGAGCAACAUCUUCACGCUUACUAUGUCCUAAGACUCUUGCAUGAGACUGAAAAGCAUCUUACCCAGCUUCCAAACAUCACCUGCAUCUCCACCUGCUACGGUGAGGAGAUCACUGUAUGUGGAGAUUUGCACGGGCAGCUGAGUGACUUGUUCCUCAUAUUCUACAAGAAUGGUAUUCCCUCUCCACAAAAGGUUUACGUCUUCAACGGUGACUUUGUGGACCGAGGCAAGUCGUCCAUAGAAGUCCUGAUCAUCCUCUUCGUCUUCCUUUUGGUUUACCCGAAGGAGGUCCACCUGAACAGAGGGAACCACGAGGACUAUAUGAUCAACUUACGCUAUGGUUUCAACAAGGAGGUCAUGCGCAAAUAUAAGGAGCACGGCAGCAAAAUCCUGAAAGAGCUCAAGACGGUCUUCAGCAGCUUGCCUCUGGCCACCCUGAUCGAUCAGAAGGUCUUGAUUGUACACGGAGGAAUCUCGAACAUAACUGAUUUGGAACGGAUAGACAUGAUCGACCGGUUCAAGCUUCUCUCUGUAUUAACCCAGAAGAGAAAGCUGGCAAGAGUUGGCACCCGUGAUUCAAAGGCAUCCCGGUGUGGCAGGAGCAGUUUAACAAGCAGGACUCAGUUGCCCCACUCAGUUGUACAGGAGAAUGUCCUGGAAGAGCGCCGGACAUUCCGCAGGAUGGCGGGAAUGUCGCUCACCUCUGUGACUACCGGAUCCAGCGACUCAUCAGUCCUUGAAGCAGAGGAUGUUCAGCAGGUGACGGAUAUAUUGUGGAGCGACCCCGUUCCUCAAAAUGGCUGCAGAGUGAAUCACGACCGAGGAGGAGGCUGCUACUUUGGCCCCGAUGUGACGAAGGAGAUUCUGGAAAAGUACAACCUGCAGUUCAUCAUCCGUUCCCACGAGUGCAAGCCGGAAGGUUAUGAGUUCUGCCACGACCAAAAGGUAAUCACUGUAUUUUCCGCUUCGAACUAUUAUGCGGUUGGCAGUAACAGGGGUGCCAUUCUCAAACUGGGGCCUGACCUGAUCCCUCACAUCAUCCAAUAUCAAGCCAGCAAGGAUGCGCAUAAACUGACAAUGACUCAAAGGAUCAGCCGGGUGGAGGAAUCAGCAUACCAGGUUUUAAGGGAGCAAUUGUUUGCUCACAGGUCAGAGCUUGCGUCCGCCUUCAGCGAAUGUGAACAGACUUCAGGAAUGAUCACAAUAAAUGACUGGGCACAGGUGGUGGAGUCCGUUCUCAAUCUAGGGUUGCCCUGGAGGAUGCUGAGACCACACCUUGUUUCCAACGCUGUCGACGGGAUGCUGGAUUACAAUUUGUGGCUCAAAGACCUUGUGACGGAGCAGUGCCCAGCCUCUCAAGAGAGCCUGCAGUCAGGUUUGCUGGAAAACAUUUACCGAAACUUAUCCAACCUGGAGACUCUCUUCAAUAUUAUAGACAGUGAUCAUUCAGGGUUCAUUUCUCGCGACGAGUUCUACCAGACCUUCAAAUUGUUCAGUGCCCAUAUGAAUAUUGAAAUAUCAGACCAGAGCAUGGAGAACCUGAUCAACAGCAUCGAUCUCAACAAAGAUGGAAACAUAGAUUUCAACGAGUUCAUCGAGGCCUUCCGCCUUGUCCGACAGACUUCCUCAGGUCAGAUUCGCAGCUGGAAUUCCCCCGGCAUGGAUGCCACCAAUCCACAGACGGGGUCUUUGUAGUGGCUUCUCAACCCAGGCUCAUCUUUCAACCUAAGAACAUGUCUCACAACUAAGUGGUAAGACAGUUCCUAGCAACUGUCUCACAACUGAUACAGCCAUUUUCACAUUUCUUUUGUUGAGCGACAGUGGAAAACAGGACAUCUGCAUCCCCGUUCCAUCCCAACGACGGCAUCUAAUAUUAGGGAAUUGCUGUAGCUUUUUUUUUUUUUUUUGCUUUUUUUAAAGCAUCGGUGAGUCAGUCUUAGCCUGGUAUUUAACAUUUUCUCCAGUCCAGCUUAAAAAUGGACCGAAUAAAUGUUUAUCACCCUUUGUCUCCUUUGACCCUGUUGUCGUCCCCCUAGGCCAUGAGGUGGUGGCUUCCAAUCCCCACUUGGCUAUGAACCAUGGCCUCUCAGCCUGGCCUACCUCCCAGGGUUGUUGUGGGGUUUCUUCAGAACAGUGUUAUUCCUAUGCAGACUCAUUUUUUGACUAUUUUGUAGCCCAUAUAGGCCACUAUAGGCUAUCCUGACAGUUCUUCAAGGCAAGGCAGCUGUGUUAAAGGACUGGUAUUUUUUUAAAAAAGUUCCCUUGUCAAAUAGGCUUAUGUUAGAAACGCCUAUUGUGAAUACACUGGGAGUUUGCCAGAUCUUGCCACUUUGGCCCAAAGCGCCACAAUUCUACAAUGGGCAAGAAGCCAGGAUAAAUUUGGCUCUGUGGCUUCCUCAAUACUCUGGGCCUGAGAACCCUGAGAUGCCUUGCUUGCUCCACUGUCCUGCCCCCGCUGUCCUGCUGUUGCCCUGAUCUGCUCACCUCCUGCAUAUGCUUCAACUUAUAUUUCUUUUUAGAGCAUUUGUACAGGACAGCCAUGCAUUCCGCAUCGUGAUUCCCCCACAAAUGCUUCUGGACUCUUGUCUUGGAAUGGGCAGGAAAUCUUGCAGGUGUUGACACCCACAGCUGCUGCAUCUAACAUGGUUUUUCAAAAGGCAUACCUAACUUGCUAACCCUUGUUUACAGAAAUGCAUUUGCAAGAGAUGUGGAGUAUUUGCAGGUGGAUGGAUGUUUUGCUGUUUUUAUUACAGUCAUACCUUGG